AUGCGCACCCCGACAUCCCAAUGCCGGGGCUUCACCCACCCUUUCCUCCUCUUGAUCCGGAGCACCUUCAAGACAUCCAGUGAAGUGUCCAGUCGCACCAUCUCGAAUCGACCAUGGCUUCAGACCACGCAUGACCGACUGCGCGGAAGGGCAUUCACCACCGGUAGAGCUCUACACAAGGGUGCUACCCCCGGCGCAAAGUCAACACCAUCACGACCUUCGCCUGCGACUGCCAUUACCACUGGAAGCCUAGCCCGGAACCUCGAGAUCCCCCAGAUGUCCUAUGCUCAACACCUCGCGCGCAAGGCCAAUGCUACCAUUCUGUACGAAGCUGCACCUCAGAGGGCCUUUCUCUUCUCCAGCUACUCAGCCGCCUUCUUCACCCUCGGCGUCGCGGGCAUAAACAGCUGGCUACACGUCUACAAUGUUCCUGAAGGGCUGGCCUGGUGGGUGCCGUUCUCUUUCGGGUCCAUGACUUUACUCUUGGCCGUUCUCGGCACCAAAUUUGCUCUCAUUCCGGCCUCGGUCAUCCGGUCCAUCAAGAUCCUACCAGAACCUGCAACGACCACAGGCGGCUCUGCGGCAUCCAAAUCCCGCGGUGCAGCUCCACCCGUACGGCUGGAAGUGGUCGCGCGACGCAAUUCACCAUUCCCAGGCCUGCCUCUGAAGCGCAUCAUAGUCGAGCCGCACGAGCUCGUCAUGAAGUCACGUCUUCACAACCGGCCGAGACACAUGACACCCCACGAAAAGGGUCUGGCGAAGCAGGAAGAAGCGAAGCGGAGGGAGUACGAGAUGACCCACCUCAUGACGGCCCCCUUUCGCGAUGCCCGCAGGGCCCUUUCGACCAUAUUCGCCGGGAUCCGCCGAGGACUGGUGGGCGGAGGGUUUGCGCCUGUGAUCAUCAAUGGAGCAAAGUACAAGCUCGACAUCACUAGAGGCUAUGCGCUUGAGGAUGGACAAGUGCUUGACAGAAUUGUCAAAAUUGAAGAAGACCCAGCGAUCGCCCAAUUGCGUUCUCAAAAAAGGUGA